AUAAAUCAAAGAAAAACUACAUUGGGCUUUUGUUUGGAACGUGUAGAGUAUUUGGUAUAAUUAGAACAAGUGUAUUAGCAGAAGGUAUAUUAGUAGAAGGUGUAUUAGUAGAAAGAGAAGAAGGUAAAUUAGCAGAAGAAGAUGUAUUAGCAGAAGGUGAAUUACAGAAG